GGAACGACGGGCGCCGGGCACAGCGCGGAGCAGAUCGAGAGCAUGGAGCCGGUGAGAGACCGGGUCAUCAGGGUCACAUUCAACGCGGACGUGCAUUCCAGCAUCCAGUGGAACUUCAGACCCCAGCAGAGCGAAAUCUACGUGGUACCAGGAGAGACCGCACUGGCCUUUUAUAAAGCGAAAAAUCCUACGGACAAACCAGUAAUCGGAAUCUCUACCUACAAUGUAAUACCCUUUGAAGCAGGACAGUAUUUCAAUAAAAUACAAUGUUUUUGUUUUGAAGAACAGCGGCUAAAUCCUCAAGAGGAAGUGGACAUGCCUGUCUUUUUCUACAUCGAUCCAGAAUUUGCAGAGGACCCUAAAAUGGCAAAAGUUGACUUGAUCACCCUCUCUUACACCUUUUUCGAAGCAAAGGAAGGACAGAAGUUACCACUUCCUGGGUAUCAGUAAUAGACAAUCUGUACACAGUUGGACUCUUCUGCUACCUGACUUCCAGUUUUGAAACCCAUUUUUCCCUGGAAGGAACAACUGUGGGAGUACUGUGCGGUAUGAAAUUACAUUAAACCACCAUGGACACA